CCUGAAGUUAGCUGACAGUGAUCGUGUAUAUUAUUUUCAAUAGUAAAGUGGUCAUAGAUUGAUGCGGUUAAAAAACAAUAUAAUUAAUUAAUUAAUAUGAAUUCCACCAAAGAGGAAUUUUUAUGGUCUAAUACUGCAUGUCGUUUAGUUGUAAAUGCUGUUUCACAUCCCAUAGAAUAUGCAAAAGUUUUAAUACAGAUCGGACAUGAGCCUGUUGGGCCAUAUCAGUCAAGAACAUUGUUUGGAAGACCUGCGUUAGCUUUACCAAAUGUUUAUAAAUAUAUUAAAUAUAUUAAAAGUGUCGAUGGAUUCACCGGUUGUUAUCGUGGAUUAGUGCCAAAAUUAUGCUCAUACACUGUCAGUACAAUUGCAUGUGAAAAGACUGCCGAAUCUAUUAAGUUUGAGCCAGGAACAAGAGAGACUUAUCCUGAAGAUGAAGAGGAAAGUGCUGAAAAAUAUAUUCAAGAAUUUAUCAGAGAUUUAAUUAGCAAAUCAGUAGGAAUUAUCGUUAGUCAUCCUCUAGAUGUUAUUGCAAUUCGAAUGAUGGCUCAAUUCGUAGGUGACGAAACAAAAUACACCGGUUUGAUGCAAUCUUUAAUAGAAAUUUACAGGGAAAAUGGAAUUGCAGGAUACUUUUCAGGAUUAAUGCCACGAUUGAUUGCCAGUGCGGCAACUUUAGCGAUUGUCAGUUCGUCUACUUAUAUUAUUAAUAAGUACAUUAUAACGGAUCGAGAAAUGAAAAGUUUCACAGCGUCAACAAUGACGUUCCUGGCUUCCACUAUCACUUAUCCAUUUAUUGUCGUAUCUCACUGCAUGGCUGUCAACGAUUGUGGAUUGGUAGCUGGAGUGCCGCCGAAAAUGCCAAUCUAUGGCAAUUGGCUCGACUGUUGGGCCCAUUUGUCAGCGACAAAUCAAUUAAAACGUGGAAGCAGCUUGAUCUGGCGUUACUACACAGGACCAGUGACUCUUUUAAAUGGCAAACCAUUUCCACUGAGAAUAGCCAAUAAAUAAUUAAAGUGUUCAUUAAUCGUUUCCUAAUGUUCAUUCUAUUAAAUGACCUCUUUAUACAAAAAAAGAAAAAAAAGAAGAAGUACGAUUCCAAACUGUAAAUUAAAGCAUUUAUUGUAUUAUAAAUCAAAAUAUUAUCUAAUAUUUCUUUGAAAA